AUGGCGCCCUCGAUGACAGCGAAUUACCCUUACUCACAAAUCUCAGAGUUCUCUAAAACUAUCGCAACUUCAUCAGAUCUCGAUCCAAAUUUUGGUGGCGGUGUCUCAUUCAAACCUUCAAGCUGCGGUGGCAUUACAACUGCCCGAAAACCAUGGCAAAUUUUACAAGAUGCACUUGGAUUUCGUAACGAAGAUGAGCAUUUCUGGUGGGAGACAACUGCAUCGGUGCUGGGAUGUCUUCUUGAAAAAGCUGGUUAUGAUGUUCAUCUCCAAUAUCAGUACCUUUCUCUCUAUUACCGAUACGUCCUGCCGUCCUACGGCCCGCGUCCUUUACAACCGGGAGUGCCACACUGGAAGAGCUUCAUGUGUGAUGACUUUUCACCAUUUGAGCCCAGCUGGAACUGGGAUGGAUCCAAGUCCAUUAUCAGAUUUAGCUUUGAGCCCAUCAACAGGGCGUCGGGCACAUCUGCCGAUCCUUUCAAUCAAAUCAAGCCGCGAGAGGUUCUGGCUGAGAUUUCUGAUAUAUCGGCAGGGCUCGAUACACAGUGGUACGAUCACUUUGCAAGGGAAUUUUUCUUGCCUUCCGAGACUGCCAGCAUUAUCCGCUCCAGGCUUCCUGAAGGCGAGCACAUGUCGCAAAGCUUUCUCGCAUGGGACCUAAAUGGAGGUGAAGCUUCGACAAAAGCUUACUUCUUUCCUAUCCUAAGAUCGCUUGAGACUGGCCGCUCCACUCGCGACAUCGUCGUGGACGCAAUAACGAAGCUUGACAGCGAGAAGACUUCUUUGCGGCCUUCACUCACCGUGCUGGAAGACUACAUGUCGUCGUUGCCGACCGAGUGGCAAGCCAAGUACGAGAUGAUUGCUAUUGACUGCACCGAUCCAAGCAAGUCCCGCAUUAAAAUCUACGUGCGCAUGCCAUCCAUGGCAUUCAACAAGGUCCGGGACAUGUACUGCCUCGGGGGCCGCCUGCAUGGUCCCAACGUUGAUGCCGCCAUGAAAAUCCUCGACGACCUCUGGCCUCGCGUUCUCUACAUUCCUGAAGGCACUGGUCCUGAUGACGAACUCCCUAGCAAUACUCACCGCACCGCUGGCGCGAUUUUCAACUUUGAGCUCAAACCAGGAAAUCCGUUGCCCGACCCGAAACUCUAUCUUCCAGUACGCCACUAUGCCAAGAGCGAUCUCGAUAUCGCACGUGGUCUGCAGUCCUUCUUUCGCCUUCAAGGCUGGGAUGAGAUGGCGGACUCGUACGUUGAAGAUCUGAAGAACAUCUUUCCUACUCAUGACCUGGCCAAUACGGCCGGCUCCCACACUUACCUUUCUUAUUCAUACAAGAAGAAAACCGGCGCGGCCGUUACAAUGUACUACAACCCACGAAUCUACGAGUGUCCGCCUGUAGUUGAUGAAGUAUUUUAA